UCCAGCACCCCAAUAAUGGCGUUCAAAUUUGUUUUGUUGGCUACUCUGGUAGCUGCCGCUAGCGCUGGUCUGCUCCCCGUGGCCCACCACGGAUCGAUCGCUACAUCGCACUCCACCAUCCAGCAUCAUGCUGCCCCAGCUGUCCACCAUGUCGGAUCCAUCCAUGCCGCCCCGGCUAUCUACCAGCACUCCGCUCCGACCAUCGUCAAGACCAUCGCUCAACCCACGAUCAUCAAGUCCGUAGAGCACCAUGCCCCGGCUAACUACGAGUUCUCGUACUCCGUGCACGAUGAGCAUACCGGAGACAUCAAGAGCCAGCAUGAGACCCGCCACGGAGAUGAAGUGCACGGACAGUACUCGUUGUUGGACUCCGAUGGCCACCACCGCGUCGUCGACUACCAUGCCGAUCAUCACUCCGGAUUCAACGCCGUUGUGCGUCGUGAACCGUCGGCAGUGAAGAUCGCCCAGCCAGUCCACAAGGUGAUCGCUCAGCCCGUGCACGUGUCCAGCUAUGCCCAUGCUCCAGUAGCACACGCUACCGUCCAGCACCACCAUGCUGCUCCGAUCGCGCACUACUCCGCCCCGAUCGCGCACCAUGCAGCCCCGAUCGCGCAUCAUGUUGCUCCGAUCGCGCACUACUCCGCCCCGAUCGCUCACCACGCUGCUCCGAUCGCGCACUCCACCUCCAGCAUCGUUCAUGGACAGAGCCAUCUGAGCCAUCAUCAUUACUAA